AUUGGUAGAUAACUCUAUGUUGUAAUAAGACGUUACUCUUGAUAUAGUAUAAUUUGCUUGCAUAAUAACUGCAAUAAUGGUACCUAUUGUAUUUCCGGUAGAUAGUGUAUAUAAAGCGGCGUAACCAUUGUAAAACCCUCUUUCCCUGCUGACUGCUGAAUAAAGAAGAUCUCCUAUAAAAAGUGUAUAUUUAUUAGUGGCGACGAAGUAAAUCGCGAGUGAACAACGCGAGGUAAGAAAAAAAAAAUGACCAAACCGGAAGAGGAAAAGAAGCCGGACCAGAAGCCGGAUCAUGCGGGAAAACUCAUCGGAUCGCUGGAGAACUUCGUGCCGGGCUCCGACUUCGAGGACUACCUGGAGCGCGCGGAAAAUUUCUUUGAGUUGAACCAGAUCACGGACGACGGGUUCAAAAGGCAAUUGAUAGUGCAUUUCAUCGGUCUGCCGGCCCUACGGAAACUUCAGCAGCUUCUAUAUCCGAAGACGCACAAGGACGUGACGUACGUAAUCGUUACGGAUAAACUGAAGGCCUACUUCUGCCCUAAAAGGAACCGCAUCGCGCAAUCGGUAGAAUUUUUCAAGAGGAACCAGCAGGAGUUUGAAAAAGUGGCUGACUUCGCUGUUGAGCUGCAGGCGCUCUCAAAAAAUUGCGUAUUCGGAAACUACCUGGACAAGGCCCUGAGGGACAAGUUUGUGGCGGGAAUUGUAAGCCCCAAGAUCCAGGGGGAGCUAAUGAACAGUACGGACGACAUGACGUUCGAGCAAGCGGUGGACAAGGCUAAAGUUCUUGAGCAGAUAGAGCUUGACGUAAUGACUAUGAAAAAUAAGAACGGAAACCUAAAUCGGGUGAACGCAGGCAGAUGGUCGAGGAAGGACGGGAACCGAUCAGCGAGCCGUGGAGGACACCGAAGCAACUCUGGAGGCCGGGGCACGUGGAAGCAAAAGAAAAAUGGCUGGCAACGAGAUGGUGGCAGUGUAAUGAGCAAUGGCGGCCGUAGAAAUGGCUGGCAACGUGCCGGCGGAAGUGUAAUGGGCAACGGCGGUCGCAGUCAUGGCUGGCAACGUGCUGGAGGCAGCGUGAUGGGCAAUGGCGGCCAAUCGUGGAAGAAAGGCCCUCGUUGCUUCAAUUGUUCGGAGUUUGGGCACAUAGCGAGGUACUGUCGGUACCCAAGAGAGAAGCUGAACGCCAUGGCAAGUGGCACGGAGGACGAAGAAUCGGGCAGCAGUUCGGACGAAAGCCGGGCGCAUGGCGUCAACCACGUGGCGUCACCGGCGUUGUAUCAGCAGCUAUGACUAGACGGUAAGCGAAUACAUUUUGAGGUUGAUUCUGGGGCUACAUACACGAUCAUGUCAAAAGAAGACUACAAAGAACAUUUGGCUCAUUUAAAAGUGGAAAAAUCGGAAGUGCAGUUAAUAGUUAUGACAGGGGAUAGUUUGAGUCUAAAAGGGGUAGUUAAUGUGAUGGUUCAAAAACUGGACGAUAAGAGACUUUUUCCGUUGAAAUUAGUGAUUGUGAGAUCGAAACGAAAGUUCACGCCAUUACUGGGUCGUGAUUGGAUGGAUGUAUUAUAUCCAAAAUGGAGGACUAAGCUAGUGAACGUAAUUUCCGACCCAACAGAGCACGAUUUGCAGAAAGAGAGAAACGUGCUGAUGGGGAAGUUAAAAAAUCGGUAUGGAGAAAUUUUGACUAAGAGUCUAGAAGAGCCGAUCGAAGAGUUUGAGGCGGAAAUUCACCUCCAAGAGGGGGCAAGACCAAUUUUUUGCAGGGCUAACGAAGUUCCCUACGCCCUGAAAGAAAAAGUUAGUGACGAACUGGACAGGCUAGUUAGAGAAAACGUGAUUAAACCAAUAAAACACAGCGACUGGGCGUCUCCAUUAGUAGUAGUUCCGAAAAGUGACGGUAGUGUGAGGUUAUGUGUGGACUGUAAAAGAACCGUCAACAAAGAGAUAAGCAAUGAACACUAUCCGCUUCCGAAUAUUAGUGACAUUUUCGCGAACUUGAGUGGCUACAAGUAUUUCACUAAAAUUGACUUGUCGGGGGCAUACAUGCAAGUGCCAGUUUCUAAAGAAUCGCAGAAGUAUCUGACUGUGAAUACUCAUAAGGGUCUUUUCACGUACACGAGGCUACCGUUUGGAAUCUCCAACGCAGCAUCCGCUUUUCAACAAAUUAUGGACGUAAUAUUAGUCGAUUUACCGGGAGUACAGUGCUAUUUAGAUGAUAUAAUUAUCGGUAGUGAUACAAUCGAAGGGAUGCCGGAAAAAGUGUGCGCAGUAUUUGAUAGACUUAAACAGUACAAGGUUAAGGUUAAUCUCGAAAAAUGUGAAUUUGUUGUUAGAAAAAUCUCGUAUUUAGGACACGAAAUCUCCGAAAACGGAUUAAGUCCUUCACAAGAAAAAAUUAAAGCCAUUCUCAAGGUGCCUCAGCCCAGAGACGUUAGCCAAUUGAAAUCAUUUCUUGGCAUGGUCAAUUAUUACUCAAAAUUUGUGCCUCGGUUAUCAACAAAACUAACUCCCCUAUACGCCCUGAUCAAAAAGAAUUCGAGGUUCAUUUGGUCCAAAGAGUGCGAGAAAGUAUUUCAAGAAGCAAAAAGAAUGCUCGUGGAUAACAAAGUGCUCCAUCUGUAUGACCCAAAGUUGCCAAUUGUGGUAAUUUGCGACUCCAGCCAAGUUGGAGUAGGAGCUGUCCUCUGCCACGUGGUGAAUGGCGUCGAAAAACCAGUGUUUUACGCGUCUAGUACCUUGUCUAAAGCUGAGAGAAACUACCCUAAUCUGCACCGUGAAGCUUUAGCGGUGGUUUUUGGCCUGACGAAAUUUGCUAAAUACAUUUUCGGCAGAAAAAUUUUGGUGGUCACAGACAACAAGCCUUUGGUGGCCAUUUUCGAUCAGAAAAAGGGAAUUCCUCCCUUGGCAGCCGCGAGGUUGCAAAAGUACGCGUAUGCCAUCGCUAUUUUUGAGUUUGAGAUUGUCUACCGGAAAGGGACGAAGAUUCCCGAGGCAGAUGCUUUGUCACGGUUACCAAUUGAGGGGGUAACCGGGAUCGAUUCUGACGUUACCAUAUGUAGUGUCGAAGAAGAGGUUUCUUUAGAUUUUACGAGAAUUGGGCGAGAGACUCAAAGAGACCCCAUUUUAAAACGGUUGUUUAACUAUGUUAAAAACGGUUGGGAUGAUCAUGCAGUGGAGAAAGACCUAAAAUUUUUCUACGAGAAAUUGAGUUCCUUAUCGAUAGCAGAAGAAUGUCUGCUGUUCUGCGAACGAGUGUUAAUACCGAGCUCUUGUCAGCAGCGUGUGCUAGAGUUGUUGCAUGGCUGUCAUUUGGGCAUUGUUCGAAUGAAGCAAAUGGCUCGAAGAUACGUUUAUUGGCGAGGUUUGGACGAUGAUAUCGAGAACUUCGUGAGAACGUGCAAGGUCUGUUCUGUAACUGGAAGAUCAGUAUCGAAGAAGUUUUCAACAUGGCCGUCAGUAACUAGACCGUUUGAGAGGUUACACGUGGAUUUCUUCCAUAUUUGUGGGAAAACUCUUUUGAUCGUGGUAGACUCCUUUUCAAAGUGGAUUGAGGUUAGAAUAAUGAGGACCACAGAUGCUCAGGCUGUAAUUGAUGAGUUAGAAUCGAUAUUUGUUGUUUUUGGUUAUUGUGACGAGAUCGUCUCAGACAAUGGACCACCGUUUGGGAGUGGUAUGAUGAAGAAGUGGGCAGAUUUUUUUAAGAUAAAACUUACGAAAAGUCCAAGUUACUGCCCAGAGGCCAAUGGGUUGGCAGAGCGUGGUGUACAAACAGCAAAAACUUCUCUUCGCAAAAUGCUGAAUGAUCCUAAGUACAUGCACAAAAGUUUGAAAGAGAUGAUAAACGUGUUUUUGAUGAGCUAUCGGAAUAGCUACAGUCAGGCGCUUGGGUGCAAUCCAAGUGACAAAAUGUUUAAUUUCAAUCCAAAAAUUGAUCUCGAUGUGAAAUUCAAAAGUCCCAAGGAGGAAAAGAAAAAGGGGAAGAAAAAGGUUCGAUUUGAUGAUAGGAUCAGGUAUUCUGAUGGGCAUACACAAAAGAAAGGAAAUGAGUUCAAAAUCGAAGAUUUAGUUUGGUACAAAAACGAAUUCAAAACUGAACGAAACUGGGUAGAAGCGAAAAUUGUUGGUAUUAACAGCCCAAGUACAUACUAUAUUGAUAUAAAUGGAGUAGUUAAGCUAGCAAGUAGAAAUCAGUUAAAAGUUAGGCACUUGAAGAAAGAUUAUUACAUUUUCCCUAAAGUACCAGUCGAAAGUGAGAUGAGGAAAAAACGUCUGAGAUCAGAUGAUUCUCCUAUACUAAAAGAACAACAACAUACUAAGCGUAGAAAAAGCAAGCGUAAGAAGAAGAAGCCAGAUUUUUGGCACAACGCAUAUAAUAGGCAGCACCGAGGAAAUUAUUGUUAAAUUUAAAAUAAUUGUUAUUAUUUUGUUUACAGGAGAGAAAUGAUAAAUUGGUAGAUAACUCUAUGUUGUAAUAAGACGUUACUCUUGAUAUAGUAUAAUUUGCUUGCAUAAUAACUGCAAUAAUGGUACCUAUUGUAUUUCCGGUAGAUAGUGUAUAUAAAGCGGCGUAACCAUUGUAAAACCCUCUUUCCCUGCUGACUGCUGAAUAAAGAAGAUCUCCUAUAAAAA